UCUCGUCUGCUCUUGUUUGCUGCUCUAUUUAAAAGAACCCCGCUUUACUUUCGCAGAAUGUCCUCGACAACCGACACAUUCAGCACAUCUCGAUUCGCUUCCGGCGCAGGAGGCAGCGGCAUUGCCGGUGCAUUCAGCAAGCUCAGCUCGUUUGGGUCGGUCGGGUUGGGCCGCGGUAGCGCAUCAGUUGGCAGCUCACUUGCAGCAUCUGCACUGUUCGGGGGGACAGCCGAGGAGAAGAUUGUGCUAGAUAUUGGGUCAUUCUCUCUGCGCGCCGGAUUUUCAGGCGACUCUGCGCCACUGCAUACCGCUGAGCUUUUCAGCAACUAUACCGCAGUUGGGCCGAUGCACCGGCUGGCCGGCAGCAAGCACGGGAUCUACGACUUUCCGAUUGGGGACCAGGAGCUGCUGGAUGCACUGCUUCUGGAGCAGGUGAAGGAGGUGUACCGCAGCCAUCUGCUGCUCGAUUCAAAGUCACGCAAGGUGGUAGUUGCCGAAAGCGCGCUGAUGCCCAUUCAGCUCAAGCGCGCGCUUGCCCGUGUGCUGCUGUGCAACCUGCGGGUCCCGCAGAUCACGUUUUACCCGAGUGCGGUAGUGGCUUUGAUGUCGUGUGGUAUUACUAGCGGCCUGGUUGUUGACUGCGGACACAAGCAGACCACGGUGACGCCUGUGUAUGACGGCAGGCCUCUGAUUCCAUACAUGACGUCGACGCCGCUGGCUGGGGAGGCGCUGUUUGAGAGCUUGAAAUCGCUCAUUAAGAAGCAUGCGCAGUUUGUUCCUUUCGACGGCAAUGCACGUGGCGUCGCGGUCACAGACGACAUGCUGAGCGAUGACGUGUGCCGCCACAUCCAGACCAAAGUAUUGUAUGUGUCGCCACUCUCGAUCCCCGGCACCCUGUCAAAGAAGACUGUCGAGCUCAGCGUCGGCGAGGUCGAUCCUCGGCUGGUCGAGUGGUUCGAGCAGAGUAUUACUGGCAGCCCCACCAUCACGCUCACCAUCUCCACCAAGACACACGGCCAUGGUACACUGAAGAUUCCGGGCUGGGUGCGCGAGCGUGCUGCUGAGGUCCUGCUGGCGGGUGAUUCGACCGAGGAUUGCAUGGGGCUCGUUGAGGCCAUUGUUGCAUGCAUCGAAAACCUGGAUGUCGAUCUGCGUCGCCCGCUGGCAUCCAAAAUCCUGAUGGUCGGCGGUGUGUCCGAUGUGCCACACCUCCGGAUCCGGCUACUGCACGAUUUGGUAGCGAAGAUGCGCUCGAUUCCCAAGUGGACGGCGCUGGCUGAUAACGUCGCUCUGGCAGAGGAGAAACAGCAGACCCGCGACAAUGGUGUGGUCGUCGAAUCGUCGGCAAAUGGGCUUAUUUUCAAGUCGUCGGAUCGGUGCUGGAUCGGUGCCUCUCUGGCGGCAGCGUCGAAGAUCGGCGGCGUGGAGCUGAAGCGCGAUGACUUUGACGGAUACAAUGUUGCAGACUGGACAGCAGGCAUCUGAAUAUGCUGAUAUACUAGUGUCUGUUUUCCUUAAAACACAGUGAAUGAUAAUCUUUUAGUACCCUCCAUGUAGCCCAUUUCUUGACAAGAGAUAAC